AUGGUCUAUAAAUGGGAGAAAUGGCCAACAUAUUUAGUGGUGAAAUUUAGUGGUGAAGUGUGUCGUAGAUGCGGUGGUAAAGGAGCGAACUCACCAAUCGCAACAUAUGGUAGUGUAUAUGAGAUAUGCACCGGGAUAAUGGUUUCUUCGUCAGAUGGUCUACCGGACAAACUUUGUAAAAAUUGCGUAAACAAAAUGAUCAUGGCUUACGACUUUAGAAUCACUUGUAAUUGCACGGAAGAACAUCUGUCAAUACUAAAACAAGAAAGGCAUGAGGAAAAUCCAGAAGCCAGGAGUACAGAAAUCAAUCCAAAUCAACUGCACUCGGACUCCGAGGACGGGGAAAUAACAAUCGAAGAAACUAUAAUUACGCCAGUUUGCUUCAACUACGUACCAUUCAGGAACCCGGAUCUUGCGUCUCUGGAUAGCGAUAUGUCUCCUGCCAGCUCCCGAACUGUCAAUACUUCCAGAAACCAUGCUGGCUCCUCGGUAUCAGCAGCAUUUGACAUGCUGCCUACAGUGGAUAACACGGACUCCGAGGCCAAUCAGACGACGAUAGAUCACUCUACGCGGCCAAAGUUCCGCUGCAACAACUGCAGCAAAGAAUACUUCCGCAAAACUAGCUUCCGUCGGCACCAGGAAUUAUACGACUGCAAACAACCGUACACUUGUGUUAUUUGCUUAAGACAUUUUUCUCACAAACAAUCUCUAAAAGCACACCACCAAAAAGUUCAUCCAGGCAGCACACAACAGCAGCAAAAAACUAGGCAAAAAAUUGCAAAACUUGCAACGCAGAGUUUAGCUCGCAAGGAAGCUUGUAUCGACAUCGGCAACUAUCAUGUCCUAACAAGUAUCAACUAA